AGAAGUGAGCACGCCUGGCCGGACGGGAGGAAAGUGUCUGCUCGGCCGAGGGGGGAAAGGAGGAGCAGGAGGCAGAUUGUGGGACCGAGCGCGGGCGGGCGGGAGGCGCCGGAGCUACCAGCGGGUGAGUCCUGUUAACCUUAGCCGGUCCGCGGUCCGACAGGAGGCUCCCCUUCCGCUCCGGCCCGCCCCAGCGUCCCGGGCCGGGGUCUCCCCUCCCAGUCUGUGUUGGACGGGGGCGCUGAGGCGGUGGCCGGGCCUGUCUGAGGAAGAGGGUGGGGCGUAGUCGAAAGACAACCAAUAAGCGAGAAGGAAGCCACAAUUGGCGGCCAUGAGCGCUAAUGGGAGAUCGCCUUUGCCUUGUGGAGUGCCGCCCCCUUCUCUUCUCCCGCCCCCUUCCUUUUGGAGGGAGGCGGGGCCAGAGGACUGAAGUGUGGGGAGAACUUGGGCUCUGCUCUGCUUUAUGAAAUAUGGGAGACGACAGACCGUUUGUGUGCAAUGCCCCGGGCUGUGGACAGAGAUUUACAAACGAGGACCACCUGGCAGUUCAUAAACACAAGCAUGAGAUGACCCUGAAAUUUGGCCCAGCCCGGACCGACUCAGUCAUCAUUGCAGAUCAAACGCCUACUCCGACUAGAUUCCUGAAGAACUGUGAGGAGGUGGGGCUCUUCAAUGAACUAGCUAGUUCCUUUGAACAUGAAUUUAAGAAAGCUGCAGAUGAAGAUGAAAAAAAGGGUGCUGCUGGGCCUCUUGACAUGUCUCUGCCUUCUACACCAGACAUCAAAAUCAAGGAGGAGGAGCCGGUGGAGGUAGACUCAUCGCCCCCCGACAGCCCUGCCUCUAGCCCCUGUUCCCCACCACUGAAGGAGAAGGAAGUUGCCACAAAACCUGUUGUGAUUUCUACCCCUACACCCACCAUUGUGCGUCCUGGCUCCCUGCCUCUUCACUUAGGUUAUGAUCCACUUCAUCCAACUCUUCCUUCCCCAACCUCUGUCAUCACACAGGCUCCACCAUCUAACAGGCAAAUGGGAUCUCCUACUGGCUCCCUCCCUCUCGUCAUGCAUCUUGCUAAUGGACAGACCAUGCCUGUGCUGCCAGGGCCUCCAGUACAGAUGCCUUCUGUUAUUUCGCUGGCCAGACCUGUGUCCAUGGUGCCCAACAUUCCUGGUAUACCUGGCCCACCAGUUAACAGUAGUGGCUCCAUUUCUCCAUCUGGUCACCCUAUGCCAUCAGAAGCCAAGAUGAGACUAAAAGCCACUCUGACCCACCAAGUCUCUUCAGUCAAUGGAGGUUGCGGAAUGGUGGUGGGUACUGCCAGCACCAUGGUGACAGCCCGUCCAGAGCAGAACCAGAUCCUCAUCCAGCACCCUGAUACCCCAUCCCCUGCCCAGCCACAGGUCUCUCCAGCCCAGCCCACCCCUAGCACUGGGGGACGGCGGCGGCGUACAGUAGAUGAAGAUCCAGAUGAGCGACGGCAGCGAUUUUUAGAGCGAAACCGAGCUGCAGCCUCCCGAUGCCGCCAAAAGCGGAAGCUGUGGGUGUCCUCCCUGGAAAAGAAGGCAGAAGAACUUACUUCUCAGAACAUUCAGCUGAGUAAUGAAGUCACAUUACUACGGAAUGAGGUGGCUCAGCUGAAGCAGCUCCUGUUAGCUCAUAAAGACUGUCCUGUCACUGCACUGCAGAAAAAGACACAAGGCUACCUAGAGAGUCCCAAGGAAAGCUCAGAGCCAACGGGUUCUCCAGCCCCAGUGAUUCAGCACAGUUCUGCAACAGCCCCCAGCAAUGGCCUCAGUGUUCGAUCUGCAGCUGAAGCUGUGGCCACCUCGGUCCUCACACAGAUGGCCAGCCAAAGGACAGAACUGAGCAUGCCCAUACAGUCACAUGUGAUCAUGACCCCACAGUCGCAGUCUGCGGGCAGAUGAUGCCUCCCAUGAUGGAGAGAUCCCCAGCCAGAGCUCGCCCGCCUGAGCCAAGAGAGAGAUCAACUUACCCCUCCCAUCUGCCUUGGAUGUGGCAGUAUGGGAGAGGAGGAAAUUGUGUGUUGUGAGUAUGGACAGAUGUGGGGCUUUUCUCUUUAGCCACAUGAUCAUGUACGCUUGACACCUGUGCAAGGGGCUUCUGGCCCCAAAGCCACAUAGAUCGUCCCCCAAGAGUGGGGUUUCUUAUGUACCUACAGCCAAAGGCCUUUCCGUAUGGUCCGAGCAGUCAUCCCUGGCCCUGAUGCAUGUGUACCUGUCUCUUAACACUAACCCUUGCACUUGUAGGUUUGGGGUUUUUCAGUGUCCUCUCCUCCCAGUUGAGCUGUGGCUGUUAUCUUCUUAUUCCUUACUAGCAUGCCACUUCCUGCCAGAUAGAGGGAGACUAGAUUUGAUGGCGUAUUACUUGCUGUCUCAACCCCAGCCACCCCAUGCACUCAGGACUUUGUCUCCCAAGAGCUGCUUAUUUAUCUCUUCCCCCUCUUCCUAAUUGCAGUGAAAACAUUCACUUACUGAGAAUGUAAUACCUUUGAUGUAUGAAGUAGCAGUAUUUUCCACCUCUUCCCUGUGCUUUAUUUCUUAUUCCCAUCUGCUACCAAAAACAAACAAACAAAAAAAGCAAAACUCUGAGAGUUGGAAUCAUUUUCAUUUCCACAUCUAUUGGGUACCUCAUUUUGUCUCUUGACUUCCUUAGUCUAGUGGUGGGGUCUUUCUGACCACCCCACUAUGGCUUGGGAACCUCAUCUUGUGGCCUUAUUGUUAGUGGCAAUGCAAAGGGAGAGAGCCUGGGGUCUAACUGGGCUUCCCUGUCUCCUUCCCUACCCUCCAGUUCUAAUCAUCAGGGCAGACAGGAACAGUGUAGUUUAAAACUUGUUCCAUCAGGUUACUGGAUUAACUAAUUCUCUGGUGUUUUACAAUAGUUUACUGGCUGAAGUCUACGUAUUGUCAUCUUUGGUCCUCUGUGUGCCCCCUCCUCUCCACUUUGUUCCCCUCUCCACAUCACUGCCUUUCCCACCAUAACUGCUUUAGAUCAGCCCCCUGGAGGUUCUCUUCUUCCGCGUUCCUCCUACAGCUCUCAGCCCCCUUCUCUGAGGUGUGUCUCGUACCCACCGGUGUCAGUUACCCUUCUCAGAAUCUCCACCUGCUUUCUCUCACCAGGUUCCUAGCCUCGCCACUAGGUGUCUCUAGUCUGAAAUUUCUUUGAACUCGUUUUUGUUGUUGUUGUUGUUCUGUGCCCCGCAAAUAUAGUGCUUGUCCAAGGCACAGGCUCCAGGGCUCUGAAACAUUGUGGUCAAGGUCCUGAGUGGCUUUUGAGUAUGAGUGAGUGGAGAGAGAAGAGGAAAAUGUGUACACUCAACAAAGCGCUCAGGAUAUGGCCUGUUUGUCUGGGAGAUUGCUGACCGUGGCUGUUGGCUACCCUUAUUUGGUGGGAUACAGGGAAAGAAAUACACCCCUCCUCUUCCUCGUCUCUCCUUGGCUCUGAACACUGCAGUCUCUUCCAGAGCCAGAGGCCUGUGGAUAGAUAGGUCAGCUUUAAUAGCUCUGAGUAGAGAGCCGUCCCAGUUGUCCCAGAGCCACCUUCUGCCAUCUGCUCAAGCCGGGAGUCUUCUUUCUGCCUCGAUCUUAAAUGUACAGAAUAACUGCUUGCGUUCUUUUUUAUCUUCCAAAACUCAUUGUCAUGGAGGAAUGAGAAAAUGUUCUGUCUUACAUGAUUAUCUCUUCAGUUUAGACUAGUGAGCCCAUCCUGUGACAUUUUAUGUCAGUUUUCCCUCCUCUUCUACCACCAGGAACGGCCCCUGAGGUGACAAGGCUAGCAGAUGUCACCAGACGGUCAGGGCAGGCCACCAUCUCCAGGGAUUUCACUUGGCUUCAGAACUUCAUAGCCAUAGUUUGUGCUCAGGACUUAUUCAGGUGGCUGCUUCCUGGUUUUUUGGGGUUUUUGUUUUGUUUUUUUUUUCCCUGUUUAUAAAUUUUGUUUCUUUUCUUUCUUUCUUUUUUCUUUUUUUAAUGGCUUUUCAAGUCGGGAUUUCUCUGUGUAGCCCUGGCUGUCCUGGAACUCACUCUGUAGACCAGGCUGACCUUGAACUCAGAGACCCACCUGCCUCUGCGUCCCCGAGUGCUGGGAUUAAAGGUGUGAGCCACCACCGCCCGGCAUCUUUUUUUUUUUGUCUUAACUUCCCACUAGCAGCCUUGCACUAAAGCAUGAAAGAGUUUAUGGCUCCUGAGGAGCCUUCACAGACCCUUGGCUGUUUUUCUUCCUCCAUCAGCCGAGGGUUUUUAAAGUUACGAAUCGGUGUCACUUCGUAAGUACCCGAACAGUCUGCCCUGUGUGGAUGUCUAGUGUAUGUGGGGCUUCUUUGUCACUUUCUGACUCUCAUGUCUGCUUCUCUUGAGUCUUUGUUUUCCUAGCAGGAAGUUAGUGAUGCAGGGCACCAUCAGAACGGCAGUAGGGAAGCAGCACUGAGAUCACGGGGCAGGACAACCCCGACACCGCUGUAGUUGGUUCCCAGUUCUACUCUAAGAAAGCAGAGCAACUGAUUACAGUGACACUUGUCUUAUAGUCCAGGGGUAUCACUUACAUUAUCGCUGCCAGUGGUCACUACCCUGAACUUUGCCUUCCAGACUUAUGUUGAACUAGAACUAGAUAUAAUAGAGGGUGUCAAUAAACCCUUCUUGACAUCCUAUGAUGUGUCAUAGAGGAGUCUCUGAUCAUGGCUAUUUGGGGUUCUGAAUGCUUCUUGUAUUUGGAUAUCAAUUUCUGUCGAGAGGUUUAGGAAAUUUUGUGCUAAAAUUUCAUUAAAUAAUUUGACUAUUACUUUUUAAUUUAUCUCAGGUCCUCCUUCUACCCCAUGGGUUCUGAGGUUUGUUUGAUCUUUUAAGUAUAUCCCAAGCUUUUUGGAAAUGCUGCUCAUGUUAAUUUAUAUAUUUGUGUGUGUGUGUGUGUGUUAUUGUCUCAACUUUGUCCUCCAUUCCCAAACUGCUUGAUCUUAUCUCUUGGUGAUGCUCUGGUGAGGUUUUUUACUUGAUUGUUUCUUUCAUGUUAAUUACUAUUUGGUUCCUUUUCCAUGUUUGAAUGCCCUCACUAAAAUUUCCCUCCAUUUCUGACUUUCUCCUCCAGCUUACCCACUAUUUAGUUCACUUUGGAGGUUUUGUAUAUAAUUCCUUAGUUCAUUCAUGUGUAUUUGAGAUUUCUAUACAGUCAUGCAUCCUUUUUUAAACUGAGACUCUGAAUUCUUUCUCAGACAUUUCAGCCAUCUCAGUACUUUCGGUUUCCAUUAAGGCGAGGUCUGGAGUGUGUCCUGGUGGGUUGUUGACUCACAGUCUUGUGUCUCUCUGUGGCAUUUUAUGCAUCGGUCGAGAUGGAUAGGUCCUCUGGCUUUAACUCAUCUUUUUCCAACUCUGUUUUGUCUUACAUAAGUCCACUGAGCCCUUCUUAAGAACCUAUCAGAAAAGAGCUGAGAAUGUGAUGUCUGAGGACUCUUCUGAGCGAUCACAACCUGCUGUGUCCUAGCUGUCCCACUCCCACAUAACAAAGCUGGUUCAGAGUUGGGAAGGCUGAGAAGCCUCCCAGCACCAAGAGAACUAGAAAAGACAUGGCUCCUUACUUCUUUUCCGUUGGUUGAACACCCUAAAUCUGCCUGCCUCCUUCCUCCACUCCUGUCCAUGCUGUAAGCACGGACAUACUAAAGGGAGCUGUGCUGGCGGACCUCCCCUUGCUGCCUGCCUUCCCUCUCCAUUCUGUAGCUCUUGACUCCUUUUCUUGAUUCACUUCGUCCAUCUCCUCAGGGACCUGCCCUCCAGCACCAUCAUCCUGAGAGAUGGAGUGCUUCACUGAAACCUUCCUAUUGACAGCCUGAACCACAAAAAAGACACACACACACACACACACACACACACACACACACACACACACACACACACACACACACACGCUCUUCCUCUGGCUCCCUGAGAGGCUCCGUAAAGGUGCUAACUCCUGAGAUUGCUCUCCCCACUUUGUCCCUUUCAUAACUUUCUUCCCAUCCCCAGAUCACAUUUUCAUUAAUGUUGUCUGUUAUAUCCACAAAAAAUAAGUAUGUUACCCUCAGACUGUUUACACUCCAGUCUUCCUGCCGUGUCUCACGUGCCUUUGUUGACGAGCUCCUCCCACUUUCUUUAGACGUGUCUGUCCAGAGUUAGAGGUGUGGAGGAGCAGGACAGACAGGACCCGAAGGCCUAUUAGAAGACCCCACCCCACUACAGUCCAGCUAGACAUUCUUCUUACGAAUUCUGUUUCUCUCAGUACACAUGCAUGUGCAUAGACAGAUCCUCCUCCUCAGACCAGAGUGGUGACCCCACAGCACAGCGCCUCUGGCCAACAUUUCCAGCUUCCGCACUGUCACUGUGAGGUAAAAUCCACUCCAGAACGAGCAAGGGCUGGUGAGGGUAGGGCAGGUUAAGGCAGCUUAGGUCCUUGUAGAUGCACAGUUUCUAUUUUAGCUACUAGGUGUUUCUUUGUUUUUUUUUAUUGUUUUUUAAUGUGGACCUGGUAGGCUACCCUAUACCCCAGCUACUGGAGAGUAAGGGUUUAGCUGGUAAGUGGCUGUGAGCACUAGUUUAAUUGACUUACCUCAGGGCAGUGGUUCUCAGAACAUGGUCCAAGAACAGCGUCAGCAGCACCAUCAUCUGGAGCUUGCUGGAAGUGCACACUCUUGGCCAUUCCAACCUCCCGAGUUGGACACCCUGAAGGUGAGCUUUAAGAAGCACUCUGUGCUUCUAGUACACACUAAUGCAUGAGUCCCUGGGGGACAGGCUGGGAGCAUCUUAGCUCUGGGAUGACAAGGAUUACUUUAAAUGUGUACUCUGCCUUAGCAUUGACUUUUUUAUUUCCCCCAGUCCCUUCCUCCACUCCCAUUAAAACAGCCACCACCACAUCACUCAUCUCAAAUUUUAGGCUUCUCUUCCUUCUAGUCUUAGUUCUAAAGCCUUUUCCUGCAUUGUUCUGGGCAGGACUUACCCAUAUUUCCUUGCAGGCUUCUCACUCUGCAUUUUUGGUUACAUUAAGAACCAGCAGGAAAGCCGGGCGGUGGCGCACACCUUUGAUCCCAGCACUUGGGAGGCAAAGGCAGGUGGAUCUCUGUGAGUUCAGGGCCAACCUGGUCUACAUAGGGAGUUCAAAGCUACACAAUGAGACCCUGUCUCAAAACAAACAACCAAAUCAUCAGGAGCCAUAGUUGUCCAGUUUCUCCUUGUGCACAGACACACACCUCUUGCAGGCAGGGAGAUUGGUCUCCACUCCCACAGUGGAGCCUGCUACAUCCUGAUAGAGUAUCUGUUGAGAAGAAAGAAAUGUGUAUCUAUGAAUAUAUCUCUGUUCACCUAUAUAUUUUUGACAUGUAGCAAUACCUCUCCAUCCUCAAGGAACUCAACCCAGUCUGGGUCUCCCCAGGCUCCAGUGGUAGACCCUGACAGGUGGGAGGAUACAGUGCUAUGGGCUGUUUUGUUACAAAACUGUCUUUUCUCUUUUCCCUCCACCCAGUUCAGCAUGACCCCUGUGAGCAGGCUCUCACAAUCUCCUGGGGCGGGGCUGAGGCAGGGGCUUUGAGCUCAUCCCUAACCGUCCCUUCUUAUUUCCCCCAUGCCAUUUAGUAGUCAUCACCCAGCCUUGCCUUCCCGCUCCGUCCUGCGCCCUGACAUAUACUGUGCCUUAUUUAUGCUGCAAAUAUAACAUUAAACUAUCAAGAGAA